GAGGAGGAAAGAGAAAUAGGAGGUUAAAUAACAAGUAAAAGUUUGUAGGAGAGAGAUGGGGAGCAGGAGCUGCAGAGAUUAAUAAUCUGUCCUGCAUGUGGUGUUUUGGAAGCAGUUGUUUAGAACACAUUUGUUGGACAAUAGCUGAGAAGAUUCAUAACAAUAGUUAACCAGCAGCUGUUUCAAUGAUGCAGCGUGAGGAGCUGUCAGCCAGAGAGGAGUUCACCUACAGCCACAUGCCCACUUUGGAAAGAGGCAAUGGGACGCUGGGCCGCCGGGGCGACAGGGGAGCAGAAAGAAGGCCAGACAGGGGGGAGAGGGACAGGCUUGAGCGGGACAGCUACACAGUGGACGUGAGGGCCAGUGACCUGCAGCUGGCCCAGCCGGAGCCUCUAAAGCACCCCUGCUUCAGCUACAGGGCCUGGCUCUACAGUGUCCUCAUAGGGGUGAGGGAUAAAAUGGGCAGUCUCCUAAUUGCAUCGGGUUUCUCUCUGUACCUGGGAAAUGUGUUUCCUUUUGCCAUGGACUACCUGCGCUGUGCUGCAGGCUCUGGCAUUCCUGCAGCAGUAGUUAGUUUUGCUAUUGCCAAGAACAGACAUGUUGCAGUGUCAGAUUUCCAGGUGGUCUAUGUAUCAACAUUUGCAGUAACGACCACCUGCCUGGUGUGGUUUGGUUGUAAACUGGUCUUGAAUCCCUCUGCUGUCAAUAUCAACUUUAACCUCAUUUUGAUGAUUUUGCUGGAGGUGUUGAUGGCCAGCACUGUCAUCCUGUCAGCUCGCUCUGCAGAGGACUGCUGUUGCCACAGGAAGUCUGUGAUGUAUGACAGGCCUGUGGUUGUUAAACCUGCAGUGUUUCCUACUCAACUCCUAAAGGCAUAUUCUGUGAUUGAAGUAAUCGUGGGAAUCUCUGCUGUAUUUGGAGGCAUUAUUGCGCUCAACAUGGACGCGUUGCUGCCAGGUCCCUACUUGUCAGUCACAUUUUUCUGGAUCCUCGUGGCUUGUUUUCCAAGUGCUAUCGCCAGUCAUGUUGUGUCAGAAUACCCAAAUAAAUGUCUGGUGGAGGUGCUUAUUGCUAUCAGCAGCAUGACGUCGCCUCUCCUCUUUUCGGCCUCCGGCUUCCUCUCUUGCAGUGUGAUCAGCUUUAUUGAAAUUUUCCUUUAUGAUGUGCCUACAGCCAAGCAAUCCUACGACAUCCUGCUGUUGAUUCUGAUGGUGCUACUCCUGGUGCAGGCAAUUCUUACUGCAGCCACUGUGGUGCACUGUGCCACAUACAAGAGUCAGCUCCGCAUGGGAGCCCCAGAGUGUGAUGACAGCAUGCAAACCACAACCCAUUACAGCGAGCAGCAAGCAUCCAAUGGAAUGCUGCAGGAUUUUGACAAGGACAGAGCCUGGAAGGCAGUUGUGGUGCAAAUGGCUCAAUGAGCAGCUCUACUCUAUGCACAGAAGUUUGGUCAGGAGUGGAAAAGGGAAGAAAAGAAGGGGUAAAGAAAACUCUGCAAGCUGUAAGCACAAAGACAAGAGUACAACACAGAGACCAGAGAGACGUAGUGGGGAAAAUGGAUCCUAAAGAGAAGAACAAAUGAUAGAAAGCAAACAAAAAAAAGUUUGAAAUAUUUGCAUUUGUUUAUCAUCAAGAUCUUUGCAUAGGUGACGCUUUGAGCACUUUGCUUUUUGUCAUUAUUGAAUUCUAACUACAUGAAACAAUCUUUUUUAUAUAUAUAUAAUGACAAUAUGUACAAAAAGGAACAAAGUGAGACAAUUAUCAACAAUAGAAAAACUGUCCAAGCACUUAAAAUAUUAUUUACAGUAUUUUGACACAUUAAACUUGUUCGGCACCAUUAAUACACAAGACUCAUUGUGGAUUUAAUGGAGGCUCCAGUAGUGAUAUUGUCAAGGUUACACAGUAUAAAGUAAACUGCACGCCUUUGAAAAUAAUCAAACUGAGUUUUCCACACAUAAAGGAGAUUAAGUGUUAAAUACAGCAGAGGUUUUUCUUUAAAUAGUAAAAGGUAUUUCAGCACUUUGGAUUGUGUUCUGUAGCAGACCCAUUUGUUCCUUAGUGGUUUGUCCUAGUUGCCAGUUUAUUACAGGAGAUUGAUUUGUCAUAGCAAUUAUUGAUAAGAACAAACUGAUUUUAUGUUUUGGGUUAAAAAUAUUAGAUGUUAUCAGCUGAAUAUACAGAUGUGUUUGUUCCUGUUUAAUGUUGCUGAAGUACAUAUAAGUAGUCUUUAAGGUUGGAUGACAGAAAUGGUAAGAAAUAAGUAUGGCAACAUUUAAGUGUGACUUUCUGAGAGACAUUGCUGUUAAUUCACUUGAUUUGUAUUCAAAAUGACCUGAAGAACAGAGCAGGUGAUUUUUAUUUGUAUGAAUAUUGCUGCAAAAGCUUAGGUUCCCCCUUUUUCUUGUUUGGAAAUUAGAGCCAUGUUCUCAUUACUGCUCGAAUCUAAUGUCAUAUCAAUUAUCUUCAUUUCCUCCGUUUGUUAGUUUACUCCCCAUCCCUCCCCUUCAUUUUGAGUUAGACACUGAACAUUUUAUUGUUCGUAUUUUCGUAUUGACAAGGACCUUUUUCUCCCCCUGACAUAGCCUGUAAUAAUAAAGGCAAAAACCUGGCAAAUGUUAUGUGAACACUGGCAUUCAAAAGUUUGGGCACCCCUGGUUAAAUACUUACUGUGAAUAUUAAAAAUUCAAAUCAGUCAUGAUUUUAAAGAUAACUGAGGCAAAGUUAUGGAUUUGUUUUUUUCCUGUUGUAAAAGACUGAGAAAUAACCAAAAAAGGGAAGAAAAACAAAAAAAGGGAAAAGAGCCUGCAGCCAAAUUCCAAGGUUUUCUGCAGGGUCAGGAGGUUUUCAUUCAGUUCUCCUGCAUAAGCAUCUGUUCAGUUCUUUGGCUUUCUCAUUUGCAUUGUUCUCUAUCCAGAUAUUUUCAGACUUUUUUUUUCAGACAUUUUAAAGUCAGUGACCUUGAGGAACGUUGCAGAAUCGAUAGCUUGCAAGUAUUGAGAUGGACCUUUGUUUUAAUUUUCUUUAAAAAGACAUGCAGCCUAAAAUAAGAAAAAAGCUGUAACAGUAUUAAAAAUCCAAAAGAUCCCUGAGAUAUUUCCCUUUUUUUCUUGACAGCAUCAUUUCAUUUGUUAAUAUCCAUUCCAAAAGUUGGAACAUUAAACAUUUAAUACCGUU